GCAUCCGUCCUAUCUCUGCUCCGUCACGAUUCGUGACAGAAUCUUCCGCCAAAACAUGGACGCAGCAGGAGAACGGAGGAGACGCAGAACCCGGAAGUCGACGCCAACCGUCCCCGCUAUGGACGCCGUCCACUUCCCACAAUGAACAUUUAUGGAGCUUCCUGAUCCAUUUGACAGAUUUUUCGGUGCCCCUGAAUAUUUUCUGGUAGACUGUCAAUACUAUUUCGCCAGCCUGUUAGACCCUAAGACAGAGGAGAAGCAAUGGCUCCGAUUCAUGUGGUCCCGGUUCUUUGGACCGGCCCGUCAAUGGGUGCAGCUCAAACUGGAUAAGCACUGUAGGAACCUGGACAGUGUAGAACAGUUUGUGGGGGAAUUCAUGAUGCGAUUUGGGAGUCCGAAGGCGAAGGACGAGCUAGAACAACUUCUCAGGGGGGUAAGUCUGGCAGGCGAACCUGCCCUGCCGUUUACCCACUACUACAGGCAACUUCAUGCAGAGCUCAACUCUGAAAUCCAAGUUAAGUCUCAAGUCCCUAAGGUCCAAAUCCAAGUCAAGCCUCCAGUCCCUGAGGUCCAAGUCAAGCCUCCAGUCCCUGAGGUCCAAGUCAAGCCUCCAGUCCCUGAGGUCCAAGUCCAAGUCAAGCCUCCAGUCUCUGAGAUCCAAGUCAAGCCUCCAGUCCCUGAGGUCCAGGUCAAAGUCAAGCCUCCAGGCUCUGAAGCCCAAGUCAAGCCUCCAGGCUCUGAAGCCUAAGUCAAGCCUCCAGGCUCUGAAGCCCAAGCCAAGCCUCCAGGCUCUGAAGCCCAAGCCAAGCUUCCAGGCUCUGACGUCCAGGCCAAGCCUCCCGUCCCUGAGGUCCGAGCCAAGCCUCCCGUCCCUGAGGUCCGAGCCAAGCCUCCCGUCCCUGAGCUCACGUCCAAGCCUGCUGAUCCAGUUGACCAAGC